AUGCACCUCAAAUCCCUCCUCAUCGCCUUCACCGCGACUCUCACCACCGUUACCGCCAGCGCCAUCCCCGACUCCGUGCGUACCUUGGCGGCCCUCGAAAAGCAGGACAAUGGCAGCUGCGGCCAGAUUUGUAAUGGGCCCGAUAGUUGCUUGGUCGAGUGUACCGUCUGUGAUAUCAACACGUCUACUUGUGUCAAGGAGUAG